AAAGAAUCACUAUGCGCCAAAGAAGAACAUUACAAUAUGUUGCAAUCAGAUGUCGAGGAACUCCGUAAUAGGUUAGAGGAAAAAAAUCGCAUGAUUGAAAAAAAAACUCAAGGCACAAUGCAUACUGUUCAGGAAAAUCGUCUACAGACCGAACUCACCGAGCUGAAAGAACACAUGGAUAUUAAAGACAGGAAGAUAAACGUUCUUCAACGAAAAAUUGAUAAUUUAGAAGAUUUGCUUAAGGAGAAAGAUAACCAAGUCGACAUGGCACGAGCAAGGCUUAGUGCAAUGCAAGCCCAUCAUUGCAGUUCCGAAGGAGCUCUGACGAGUUUGGAGGAGGCUAUUGGCGAUAAGGAAAAACAGAUGCAACAACUGCGAGAUCAGCGUGAUCGAGCUGAAGCGGAAAAAGAAGAACGAGAGUUGCAUGAACGAGAGCUGGCUGAAUUUAAGAUGAAGCUUCAUUCUCUUGAUAGCGAGGUAGAAAAGUUAACAACUCGCCUCCAUAGAGCUCUUGCAGAGAAAGAUCGUUUGGAAGCAAAAUUAGAGAGCUCGCAAAGUGAACUCGGCAAGUCGAAGGCAGAGCUAGAACAUAAAACAGCAAGUGAUGUGGGUCGCAGUGGAGCAGAUUGGGAUCACGCGAAACAACGGUUAUCUCGUUUAGAAUUGGAGAAUGAACUACGUGCCGAAUUAGAACGAUCACAGACCACUUUUGGCAGAUCUACGCUGAGCACAUCACAAGAACUUGAUCGAGCCCAGGAACGGGCAGACAAAACCACAAACGAACUACGGCGCACGCAAGCUGAGCUACGAGUGACACAAACUGACGCUGAACGAUCAAGAGCGGAAGCUGCCGCCUUGCAAGAGAAAUUAGAGAAGAGUCAAGGCGAAGUCUAUAGACUCAAGGCUAAGCUUGAAAACGCACAAGGUGAACAGGAAAGCUUGAAACAGGAAAUGGAAAGAGGCCAGGCUGGUAUACAACGAAUUGUUAGUGAAAGAGAUAAGGCGUACGCAGAGCUCGAAAAAAUACGUGAAGAACUAGAACGUACACAGGCUACUCUCGGCAAAUCGCAGCUUACCCAAGAGAAACUACAGAAUUCUCUCGACAAAGCACAAAAUGAAAUUGAUCAUUUGCAGGAGAAAUUAGAUAAGAGCGGUGGAGAAACCCGCAGGUUGCAACUCGAAAAAGAGAAAAUCAAUUAUGAAUUUGAAAAUAUUCAGUCGCAGCUAGACAAAUCUUUGGGCCAAGCUUCACGUAUUCAAAAAGAGAAAGAAGCCGCACAAAUGGACCUCGAUCGCUAUCGAGACAAGGCGGAUAAAUUACAGUCAUCCCUUGCUCGUUUGCAAAAGGAACGCGAUGUGCUUAGUGAUGAAUUAGAAAAAUUGAAGGAAAAAUCCGAAUCCACUCAGAGUACAGCACUCAAAUAUCAAAGAGAACGCGAUGCUAUACAGACAGAACUUGAGGUAGUAAAAGAACGCUGGGAAAAAGCACAUCAGGUACAUCAAAAGCUUCAAAUGGAACGAGAUGAUGCAACUACCGAGAUCGAUAUAUUAAAAGAGAAGCUUGAUAAAGCACUGUAUGCUAGUCAAAAGUUGAUUGAUGAGAAAGACACUUCCACUAAAGAGUUUGAGAAGAUGCUUGAGAAGUAUGAUCGUGCCCAAAAUGAAAUCUAUCGACUACAGUCACGAGUCGACACGGCCGAAGCAGACCGCAAUCGUUUAGAGGUAGAAGCUGAACGUUCUGCACUGGCAGCAGCAAAAGCACGAGAAGACUUACGUAAAAUCCAGGAGGAAACUACGCGGCUCCAGGAAGCAUGCGACCGUGCAGCAAUGCAGCUGGGUCGCUCGAAAGAACUCGAAGAUAAGGCAAAGGAGGAUGUAGACAUGAUUCGCGAGAGGCUUGAUAAAUGUCAAACCGAUUUGCGUCGAGCACAAUCGGAAAAGGAAAAUCAACAGGCAGAAAUCGAGCGGUUAACUUAUGAACUAGAUCGUUCGCACAAUCUAUACACCACAACGGCUUCGCUUGACUCAGCUCAGGAAGAAAUAGCACGCUAUGGAUUGGAGAUCGAAAAGAUGCGUGAGCGCUACGAAAAGACGGCAGCAGAACUGCGACGCUUACAGGAGAAUGAAUCCUUCUCACGUGAAGCCCGCCGUAUGAAGGAUGAGAAUGAUCGAUUGCGGGAAAAGUACGACAAGGUUAUCGUGGAGCUAGAAAACUUCCGAGGCAAAUCGCAAUAUGAACAGGAGACAUUCGAUAAAAUGAAAGAGAAGUUUGAGACACGAGAAAACGAAUUCCAAACCAUGGAGCUAAAGUUACACGAAACCAGCCUACAGCUCGAUCUGGCUAGAGCAGAAGUAACUAAACUUAUCUCAAAUCAAGAUAAACAGCGAGCCGAUGCAGAACGUGCUCACAUUGAAUAUGAAAAAAUACGAGACAAGCAUGAGAAACUAAUCAAGGAAGUCGAGCGAUUGCGGCAGAAUCCGCAAUCUGCUAUCAGCCCGGAGCGUGCCGCUACCAGUACAGUAAGCUUAGCAGACAAAAACGAACUAGAUCGUUUGCGUGAUCGGCUUGAAAAGGCGCUGCAAAGCCGAGACGCCACCGAGAUGGAGGCCGGACGUUUGGCAAAGGAACUAGAAAAGGCACAGCUACAUCUAACGAAACAACAAGAAGUCUAUGAAGCCACACGUAUUGAGUUUGAGCGUAUGUCUGCUGAACUGACACGUGUGCUCGAGCGGCUGGAAAAAUCUGAAGCCGAAAAGGAAACCCUUCGCCAAUCUACUAAGAUCUAUGAAAAACAUCACCAGCAACAUGCCAGUAACCACCAUAUAGAGCAAAGUCUCAUGAAACUCGAAGCUGAUAACAAACAGCUGAUGGCCGAACGCGAUCAACUAGUGAUGCAGCUGGAAAAGAGCCAGGAUAUGCUAAUGAGUUUCCAGCAGGAGCUUAACGCAGCUGAAGUGGAACUGCAGCGUCAAUGUGAAGAAAAUCGCCGUCUUAAGAGCUCUCCUCAACAGCCAGGAAGCGCUCCUGCUGCACCUCAACAAGGCCAAGUUGCGGCCCAGGAAAUACAGAACUACAAGAAGGAAAUUACAAAGCUGAAACAAAUGCUUCAGGAAACGGGGGCUCGUGGAGAUAAUGAGCUCGAACAGUGGCGUAAAGUUGUGGAACAGGAGAAAAAUCGAGCAGAUCAAGCAGAAAAGGCGGCCAUUGAAUUACAGAAGCGAAUGCAGGUAAUGGAGCAACAGUUGAAGCAACAACUCUUACAAAUGACCAAUAUGCAGAAACAAUUGCAACAACAAUCAACACAACAACAACCACCACAGCAAUCGCCGUCAAAUAAAAAGGAUCUAGAAAAACUACAAGAAGAUCUUAAAACAGCUGCUACACAACGCGAUCAAUUCCAAAAUCAGUUGGAGUUACUGGUGCAGGAAUUAGAAAAGAGCCAAACAGAGGCUUUGGAAGCGACCAAAAAGACUCAACAGCAACAACAGCAGGUUGGUCAGCUACAGCAACAAAUACAGCAGAUGCAACAACAACUGCAACAAGCAACGCAGGCAGCUAAUCAGAAGGUAGCUCAAAAUGCAGGCGUAAGUGAGGCGGAGCGUAAGCAACUAGAAGCACAAAUGAAGCAAAUCGAAGACGCAACUCGACUGUUGGAAAGCGAAAGAAAAACGUUUGAAGAUCAGCGCAAAGCUAUUGAAAAUAAGCGCAAAGAGUUGGAAGACAAAGAAAAAAAUCUUAUUGAGUUUGACAAACAACUUAAGAAACGCAAAGAACAAAUGGACCAACUAGAAAAAUCAUUACAAAAGGCCGGCGGAACUGCUGCUGCUGCUGGAGAAUUGAAUAAACAGUUAACAGAAACCCAGCAGAUGCUAGAUAAAGCAUCAAAGGAACUAGAGGAUGCAAAAGAGGAAGCCAAGCGAUCUGCUGCUGAAACGGAACGACUCCUCCAGUUGGUGCAAAUGACACAAGAAGAACAGAACCAGAAAGAAAAAACAAUAAUGGAUUUGCAGCAGGCCUUAAAAAAUGCUCAAGCUAAAUUGAAAACAGCACAAGCACAGCCACAAGAUGCGGGACCAGCAGGUUUCCUCAAGAGCUUCUUCUAAAAUGGGUUUGCUUUUUUGAAUUAGUGAUUGGUGUACUUUAAUUUUUAUUACACCAAUAACUGGGUCUUGCUUAAACGCGACUAGAAACAAAAACAACUACAUAUCGUAAUGAGAGUACAACUAUUAGUAGUAAUUUCUUUAGGAGAACCUGAAAGGGUUGCUGCUAGCUUCAAUUGAGAAUGGUAAGUAGUUUUACAACCUUAUGGUUGGUAAAUUAUUUGUUAUGUUGGAUUCACUAAUUGUGAUUUCGUAAACAAACUGUACAGUAAGAAUGGUCAGAGAACAACCAACAUAGAAACAUAUGCAACGCUGGUUCUGUUAUCGUUAAGCGUUUUGGUAAAAUUUAAAACUAUGUAACAAAUAAUUUGGAAUACAAAUUCCUUCCAUGCGUUAAACAUCAAUGACAACCACAAAAAUAGACAUUUUUGUUAAAUCUUGGCUAGUAUCUAAGCCAUUUCUCCCACUUUAUCACAAGCAAUAAUUCUGUAAAGUAUCCAGACAGCCAAAUUAAUGGUUGAUUGAACUAGGAGAUUAAACAAUAAAACGCAAGUAGCGAUCACUAAAAUAUAUUUAGCAAACCAGAUGAACACUUGCUGCCAUUUAUUAUUCUAUAAAAUAAAACAAGAACCCUUUGCAAGAGUGAUUUUUGACUACCAAAAAAUAUCAUGUGCUAUAUUAUUACUCUUCAUCAAUAGACCAUGGAUGAUAAAUGAAGAGCAAUUUCAAAUUACGAUUCGACACAGAGCUGUUGAGUUGCGAAACAGCUAAAAAGGAGUUUACACUUCCUAACUAUCGUUACAGAGAAUCACAUUUGAAUGAAGCAGUUCUUAGUUUAAUGAUCCUAGCAUAAAGAAAAACUACACUCUUGUAAGCAAAAUCAUAAGCGACCAGUUCUGAGCCACCGUAAAUGUUUAAUAUGUAUUAUCAAAUUACAUGGCAGUAAAAUACAAAUCAAUUAGUUAUGUAAUAUUCUACGCACCUAUGUAUUGUACGAUACAUUAAAUAAGAAACAAAGCAUGUAAACAAAAACUACACACAAAAUCACACACAAUAGACAAUAAUAGAAUUCAAAGGCAAGUGUGUAAUCGCUAUUUGUACCGCAUGGCAAUCGCUCGACAUUGUCGGUCAAACAAAAUCGUGCACUAUAAGUAUUGUUUUACUGUGUCCAAUUGAUAAUACCCUUCAGCUUCAGACGAAGUAAAACUAUCCAACGCUUUCUAGAAAAUCAGGACCAAAUCGUUAGUAGGUCUUGUACACUGCUAAAAAACAAACAUAUGCACGAUAUUAAAUCUAUAACUGAUAUUAUACGCUAUCACUAUCUAUAACAAAAUCGAUGGUUAGUAUACAAUAGUUUACUGAUUUUUAUAUUGUAUUUUAAUUAUCAAUAUUAUGCGUAGAACUAGUUUCAAGUUUUUUUCUGGGCUUUCGAUUAGUGAAAUCGAAACGGUUCUAUCUAAAAUGCAAAGUUUGUGUUCGUUCGUUAUGGUAAAACUUAUCGUUAAAGUUAAAGUUAGCAGUGAAUAAAAUUAUUUAAACACUUUA